UUUUCCCAAUGACCCGGGCAGAACCCAAACACCCAAGAAUUGCUCCCUCACAAUUUUUGAAAACCCCCUACAGAUUUUUGAUUUCGCUUUCGAAGGAAGAGAUCGAAGAGAUAUCUUCCUGGUCACCAUUUCCAAGAUUUUAUUCAACUCGGCCCCAUCUGUGCCUAAAGCUACUUGUGUUCAGUUUGUAGGUCAAGCUCGCCCCUCAGGUUCAUAAAAUUGCCUGAACCUCGCCCCAUAAUAUUUUCUUGGUUCGGUUAUGUUCGUUUUCAAUGGCCAUGAUAAUAAUACGAUGUUGUUGAAAGAUGUUGAUGGUGACUUGGAUUGGCAACUUCAGUUUUGCGGGGUUCUUGAUUGUUAUGGGUGCCACAGGGUUGCAGAGGCAGAAAAAGUUGUGUAGAAACAAGCAGCUUCAUCUUUCUCUGUAAACAGGAAAUUUGCUGAGCCGAAUGUGAAUGCUUUACGUGUCAAACUUCAGGCCAAUCACCCAGUGUUCACGGAUCAGUCCGGUUCCUUGUGAUUAAAAACAACUAAUUUCAAUUCCUAUCGCAAACCCAAGUACCAGAGGCCCCUAAAUUUCUCAUCCCUCUCAGAAAGGUUAGCAGUUAGCUCCUGAUUUCAGCUUCCAUAGCUGCUGGGCAAUUGUGAUUACUUAAUGGGUGAACCAAAAAGGCAUAGGGUUCUGAUGGUCUCUGAUUUUUUCUAUCCCAACUUUGGCGGUGUAGAGAAUCACAUCUAUUAUCUUUCACAAUGCCUACUAAAGCUUGGUCACAAGGUGGUGGUUAUGACUCAUGCCUAUGGAAAUCGUUCUGGGGUGAGAUAUAUGACUGGUGGCCUGAAAGUCUACUAUGUACCGUGGAAGCCAUUUCUCAUGCAAAAUACAUUACCAACCUUUUAUGGGACACUUCCAAUUAUAAGGACUAUCCUUAUUCGAGAAAAAAUAUCGUUGGUUCAUGGGCAUCAAGCCUUCUCAACUCUUUGCCAUGAAGCUUUAAUGCAUGCACGCACUAUGGGGUACAAGGUUGUAUUUACUGAUCAUUCACUGUAUGGUUUUGCUGACGUGGGAAGCAUCCACAUGAACAAGGUAUUGCAGUUUACUUUAGCAGACGUAAGCCAGGCCAUUUGUGUUUCUCAUACAAGCAAAGAAAACACUGUGCUACGUUCAGGUCUGCCACCGGAAAAGGUCUUUGUUAUACCUAAUGCUGUUGACACAGCUAUGUUCAAGCCUGCCACGGAGAGACCCAGUGGUAACGAAAUUGUUAUUGUUGUGAUUAGUAGAUUGGUUUAUCGAAAGGGUGCAGAUUUACUUGUUGAAGUCAUUCCAGAAGUUUGCCGCAUAUAUCCCAAUGUUCGUUUCAUUGUUGGAGGAGAUGGACCUAAACGGGUGCGGUUGGAAGAGAUGAGGGAGAAGCAUUCACUCCAAGAUCGAGUUGAAAUGUUGGGUGCUGUACCACAUGCUCGAGUACGAUCUGUCUUGAUUUCUGGCCAUAUAUUCUUAAACAGUUCUUUAACAGAAGCUUUUUGCAUAGCCAUAUUAGAAGCUGCUAGUUGUGGAUUAUUAACAGUCAGUACACGCGUAGGAGGUGUCCCAGAGGUUCUACCAGAUGACAUGAUUGUACUUGCGGAGCCAGAUCCUAGUGAUAUGGUACAAGCAAUCAAGAAGGCAAUAUCUAUACUUCCCAAGAUUGACCCACAAGCCAUGCACAAUCGUAUGAAGAAGCUCUAUAAUUGGCAUGAUGUUGCGAAAAGGACAGAGAUUGUAUAUGACCGUGCUCUGAAAUGCUCGAAUCAAAGUCUUCUCGAACGACUCUCACGGUACCUCUCAUGUGGAGCUUGGGCAGGCAAGCUGUUUUGCUUGGUUAUGAUCAUUGGUUUUUUGUUAUGGAGACUAUUGCAACUAUGGCAGCCUGCAGAAGAUAUUGAGGUUGUACCUGAUAUUCUUCUACCCCAUGAUGAAGAUAGAGAAAUUUUGCAUGACUUCAAGUCUUCCAACGAGGAACACAGCUUGAGAUGAUUCUUUUCUAGUUUCCAUUGGUUUUUACAUGUGUGUAUUGUACUGGAAAUAUGAUGUAAUGAAAUAUUAGGGGCCCCUCUUCUGGUUCAAAGCUCUGCAGCUUAUUUUUAGAACAGAUUAUAAGAGCAAAUGUCCAAGCAUUCCCAAAUAAAAGCCCAAAUCGACA